AAGCAUCUCACUGGUGACGGGUCUGAAAGCACGUGGCUACGUCAUGGAAAGCCAGUCUUUUCAAUGCAAACUUCAACUCCUCCUCCUCCUCCCUCUCAUGCCAGUAACUCACAGCCGAGACUGGGCGAGGAAUCCGGAGGGGAGGCUUUCCUCAUGCUCACCGCGGCCGGGAACUGGGAGAGUGAGCAGCGGGAGGAGGGGGCUCCGGGGCGCUCUCUACCUGCUACCGGCCUGACCAGGGGAGGGGGCGCCUCGAUUCUGCAUCUUUUCUUCGCGCUGAUUUGAGAACUGCAGGGUCCAUCUGAUCCCACUGGGCACUGGCGAUUGAUUUAUAAAACCAAACCCCCCCCCCAAAAAAAAUCGACCCUGGAAGGCUGUGUCUUCGGCUGUCAGACUCCAUCCCGGAGGUGGUAUUGGCUUGUGAGUGUGUGUACCGGUGGAUUUUUUUUCUUUUUUCCUUUCUUUUUCCUUUCUUUCUUUUUUUUUUUCUCUCUCUCUCUCUUUUUUUUUUCCUCCCCCCGCUUCUCUCCUAGGGACUACACAAUGGCAGUCUUCUCUCACUGAGAUGAAUCCUGCUUCGCCUUCUGCAGACCCACCCAUCCUCAUAGCGAUCAAGUAAAGGCUAUGGUUUUCUCUUUGGGGAUCUUUUGUGCAUUCCUGUUCUCCCCGAUCAGUUCUGAGCUCAGGUGGGAUUUCUUCGCUUUUCUGUUUGGCUUCGUGCUGAAAAAGGACUUUCCCCCCAGCCCUUUGGUCAUAACCCGGUGGUGAUCAGGAGAGAGAGAGAGGAAUCCUUCAUCCUGGCCGAGAAAAAACAAUCCCUGAGAAGUCUCAAAGAAACAUACCACGUGAGGGGAAGAAACUGGGAGAAGAUUCGGAAUAUUAUCGCUUUUCCUAUGGUAAAGCCGGUGCCCCUCUUCAGGAGAACUGAUCUCAAAUUAUUAUUAUGCAACCACAAGGAUCUCUCCUUUCUCAGGGUGUCUAAGCUGCUGGAUUGCUUUUCGCCCAAAUCAAUGUGGUUUCUUUGGAACAUUUUCAGCAAAGGAACGCAUAUGCUGCAGUGUCUUUGUGGCAAGAGUCUUAAGAAAAACAAGAACCCAACUGAUCCCCAGCUCAAGGGUAUAGUGACCAGGUUAUAUUGCAGGCAAGGCUACUACUUGCAAAUGCACCCCGAUGGAGCUCUCGAUGGAACCAAGGAUGACAGCACUAAUUCUACACUGUUCAACCUCAUACCAGUGGGACUGCGCGUUGUUGCCAUCCAGGGAGUGAAGACAGGGUUGUACAUAGCCAUGAAUGGAGAAGGUUAUCUCUAUCCAUCAGAACUUUUUACCCCUGAAUGCAAGUUUAAAGAAUCUGUUUUUGAAAACUAUUAUGUAAUCUACUCAUCUAUGCUGUACAGACAACAAGAAUCUGGUAGAGCCUGGUUUUUGGGGUUGAAUAAAGAAGGGCAAGUUAUGAAAGGAAACAGAGUAAAGAAAACGAAACCAGCAGCUCAUUUUCUACCCAAACCAUUGGAAGUUGCCAUGUACCGAGAACCAUCUUUGCAUGACGUCGGAGAAACGGUCCCGAAGGCUGGGGUGACGCCCAGUAAAAGCACAAGCGCGUCUGCAAUAAUGAAUGGAGGCAAACCAGUCAACAAAAGUAAGACCACAUAGCCAGAUCCUCACAGGUGUUGUGACUUACUGGUCCCGAGCACAGCUGAGUGAUUUAUCCUUGCCAGACAUUUCUGCUCCUGUGGCUGAGGAGCAGCUGGAAGUAAGCGGAUGCUUGCUCUCUGCUGUCUCGAACUUCUUGGGUGCAAGAGGAUGAAUCUCAACCUGUUGCACCUCCCACAACAAGAAGACACCUGGAUAACCAGCUAAACUCAGACCAUGGAAUGCCCUACCAGAUACGGAAUGCCUUUUUAAUAUCUUUUCUGUGACUGUGACACUUCAUGUGAAUGACAUACUUCACAAGUACACUCGAGAUACCUUGCCUGCUGACAGCUACCCAUAAUCCUUUUUGAGUCCUGUUUCAGCAACAUCCAUGUGUUUAAGUUCACUUUUGUAGCAUUCGGAUACUAUUGAGUAAUUUCUAGUUAGAAGCUGUAAAACCUGUGCUAUUAUGGAUUUCUCUUCCUCCCGGUUUUUACAGGGCUGCGCGCUCCACUGUCUGUGACCUUUUGCAGGGAUUGUGCUCCUCCAAAUCUUAAACGUUGCAGUUGGCUUAGUUCGGAGAGCGAUCAGGGAAUCAGGAAGCCUUCUAAACCUAUUAUUACAAAUUGCAUCAUAAAGAUUAAAAGUGUUGUCUGUGGCUCCCACUAUCAAUUAAACACACAUAUACGGUCUGUUCAGUGGCAGGUCCUGUGCUCCUGACGUCAGCGUUGCUGGGGGCGAGAAAAGGGUCAAACACAGUCUGUGGGGAGUUCUCCAGGAUAUGUGUUUGACACGCCUCUCUAGUUUCUUUGUGUGUGUGUAUGUGUGUGUUUUAUACAUAUCACAAGCUUACUGGUAAUGGUAACAUUUGCCUUGCCCAGCGAGCAAGACCCACUGGUUUUUGAGAAAGUGGGUCCAAAGAACUCUGUAGGCCUUGUAGGCCUGAUUAAGGUUCAUUUUUUUUUCAUCUACUAAUCCUCAUUAUUUGGAAAAAGAGAGAAAAAAACAACAACAAACAAACCAACAACAACAAUUACAACCUACAAGAGUGCGCUACCUAAAUCCAUUUCUGAUGUAUAAUCCUUCCUAUUUUUAACGAACCAAACUUAUUGCCAUCCGGGUUUUGGCUGUGUUCCACUCACACUCAGCAGAGCAUGGGCAAGGCGGCUGUUGUGUUCUUUUCUGAAGCAGCAAAGCAAACCUUAGUUACAAAUUAGACUUUAAUAUUUUUUGGUGUUUAACGACAAGUUUUUAAACAGGACACAUUAGGAAAUACUAUUUUUUUUUAGCUCAGCAUGCUGAGUCAGGUACUGUGUAUUUCACCAGUCCAUACCUCUACCUCAGCUUCUUGGGGCCCAAGUUGCCCAAGGGCUGGGAGAGAGGUGCCUUGCCAUGAGCUCAGAAUGCAGUCUGUCGAAUUGUUCUAGAUCACAUUAAAGGCAAACCAACACGUUCAGGCAUCAGGUUUUCGGUCCGUUCAACCAAUCUGCUUUUGUUUUCUUUGCUUUCUCAAUUUCCUUUUAAAUAACUCUGAGCUUAGGGAAGACAACUAGCAAGAAAGGCCAUGACUAUUGACUACACAGUGAAGAAACUACACAAAAUGUUCAAUAUUGGAUAUAAAGAGUUUCAAAAUGUUUAAUACUAAACUGUUUGGAAAUAUAUUUGUUAACUCUGUGUAUACAUAAUAAAAUUCAAUGUUUUGUUCUCAGAAGAGUUAAUUGAGACCAAACUGAACCUCAUUUAUAGAAAAAAGUAUAUGUGGGAUCAUUAUCCUGGCCUCUUGUUAUUAUUUCCAUGUGGGAGGAUGACCUAGUCGCCAUUUACCCACAUUUGCACUGUAUUUACUGGGAAAUUAUUUUGUCACUGCUUUUCUAAGUCUCCAUGACAGCCCUUGCCCAGCAUUUUAAAAUAUUGUCCUGCUUAGCUUAUUAAAGAUUUAGUAUAAAUUUAACUGUUUAUGCUUAUUUCAUUUUCAUAUUGGAUUCCAUUUUAAUAAAAUUAAAAGUUAGCA